UGAAAUGGCCAAUCCGUGAUCAAUCAUGCACGAACGACUUUCGUGGAUUCGACCUUCCAUAGUGAAGAGUGUGAAAAUCGGCCCUCAUAAGCUUCGUCAGUGCGAGAAUGUUCCGCAGUAUAUAAAUACUCGUCAAGCAACAUGAAUCAAAAAUUUCGGUUCCGUUUUUUGAAAUUUAUUAAAAGGCCGUGUGUUCGUCUGAAAAUUUCCUCUGUGAAGUGAACAAUAUAGAAAAAAAGAUCAUUGAUUAAAUAUCAGAUGGUGCAAAUUUGAAGCAAAAAGGUUUUGCUCAUGGUUUUUUAUACCAUAAAUUCAAUUUGUUCGACAUUUUGAAAAAGAAAAAUGGAUAACUAUUUUAUUAUCAGAGUUUUAUUCUAAUUCACUGAAUAUUUGCCUCAACAUAUUCACUCAACACAAAUAAAUACAUAUUUGCUUGUCGAACUAUCAGAAAAACUCAUCAUUAUAAUGACAUCACGUUUGGAUCGUUUGUUUAUUUUAUUAGAGUCGGGAUCAUCUGCUAUCACGCGUCGAGCAGCAGCAAAACAAAUUGGCGAAGUUCAAAAACUUCAUCCACACGAGUUGCACAAUUUAUUGAACCGUUUGAUUGUUUAUAUACAUAGUAAUAGCUGGGAAACGAGAAUUGCGGCAUCACAAGCAGUUCAAUCUAUUUUAGAAAAUGUUCCCCAAUGGAAUCCAAAGCCCGUUGAAAAAAGAGAAAUGAAAAGCAAUAGUCGAUCGAUAAUAAAAACUGAUGAGAAAUUAAGUUUUGAAAUGUUUAAUUUGAAUUUAAUUUUCGAGAGAGGAGCUCGCUUGAUGGGAAGUGAGGGGAAAGAAUUCGAUUUUCCAGAUGAAAAUGAUCAAAUUACAACUCGAGAAUUACUCAUCAAACAAAGAGCUAUUCUCAACGAAAAACUUGGGUUCUCGUCAGCAAAAAACCUUGGCAUUAAUAUAGAAGAAAUGCUUACACUUGAGGAUAUGACACCAAACAAAAUCAUUAAGACUGAAUCUACGCAACAUCCACAAAUGCUAAAUGUUCAAGAUAUCAUAACUAAUCAAGCGUCGCCUUCAUCCAGCCAAUCGAUGAGUAGUCGUGAGAUGAAUAGAGCAAAGCGAAAAGCACGACAAAAUCAAGGAACAGCUUCAGGAUCAUCACUAAGUCGAACAAAUUCAAUAUGUAGUAUCAAAGAAGAACCCAAAAGAAAAAAAAUCAAAACUGAGAAUAAUACUAAAAUAUAUUUUAAUAAUGAGCCUGUGCCAGAUGUUACUGGUUCAUGGAGUGAUGCGACUGAAUGGCCAUUAGAGGCUUUUUGUUCUAAGCUUUUUAUGGAUUUGUUUAGUCCGCGAUGGGAAAUUCGUCAUGGAUCAGCAACGGCAUUACGUGAAUUAAUGAGAACACAUGUAAAUGGCGGAGGAAAGAAGUCCUACAUGACUGAAGAUGAACAAUGUGAAGCUCAUAAAUCAUGGCUUGAAGAUGCAGUGCUAAGACUGCUGUGUGUCCUUGCUCUUGAUCGUUUCGGAGAUUUUGUUUCAGAUCAAGUCGUGGCACCAGUUCGUGAAACGUGUGCUCAAGUCAUGGGAACAAUCUUGAAAGAAAUGCCUGAUGAUUUGGUAAUGAAAACUGUUGAAAUUCUUCAAAAAUUCGUAAAAGAAAGUGAUUGGGAAGUUCGUCAUGGUGGAAUUCUAGGAAUUAAAUAUUUCAUAGUUGUUCGUGAAGAUUUAAUUGCCACUUAUUUACCAAUUGUUAUUAAAGACGUCCUUAAUGGCCUUCUUGAUACAGUUGAUGAUGUAAGUUCUGUAUCGGCUUCAACUUUAAUUCCAAUUGCAUCUCAUUUGCCUACAUUACUUUCUCACAUUCAAGUAUCAGAAAUUGUUAAAAUGCUUUGGGAUUUACUUCUUGAUCAAGAUGAACUUGCUGCUGCAUGUAAUAAUUUUAUGGGAUUGUUAGCUGCAAUUUUGAGUUUACCAAAUGCUUCACAUUGGAUUGAAAUGGAAUCAAUGGAUAUGCUAAUUCCAAGAUUAUGGCCUUUUUUAAGUCAUCCAUCAAGUUCUGUGAGAAGAUCGACACUACAAACAUUAAAGAAACUUACAGAUGAGACAAAUAAUCAUUCAUUGAAAGUAUUGCCAUCGCCUUCAUCAUCAGAUAAUAGCAAAGAUUCUGAAUUACGCUUAAAUUUCGGUGUUCGUUAUUGGCCAUCAAAUCUUGUGCAAGAAGCAAUGCGCUAUAUAUAUCAGCGAGUACUGGUUGAACAUGUUGAAGAUAUUCAAUGUCUUGUGGAAGAUGUAUGGGUAAAUAUUGUGACAAAAUCUGAUCUCGCUACUUUACUUCACGCUGCUUGUCCUUAUGUAUCUUGUUGGAUGUGUCUUGCAAUGCAACCAACACGACUUGCUUUUGAUGCAAAUCUUAUUUUGAAUGCAAAAACGCAAUCGGGAAAAUUAGUUGGCGACACUACUGCUAUGCCAGUACCAAAAUUGUAUUUGGGAGGAACUGAGACAAUUUCGCAAGAUUUACGAGAAAAAAAUGUUAUCAGAGCACGGUAUAAAGCUUGUCGGAUGCUUGGAAUUCUUAGUCAAUUUCUUGUACUUCCAGCUCCUAAUAUUGUUUACAAAAAAACUGCUGAAAGUCCAAUGCAAUGUUAUUCGAAACUUCUUCUUGGCUAUUUGAGUUCACGAUCAUCACUUCAACGUAUUAUAAGCAGUAUGAUUAUAACUUUCUGGGCUGAAAAAGAUCCGAUGAUUUCAGCACCUGAUCAGCUUCGUGAGCGUUUGAAGACCAGUUUGACUGAAUAUAUUUAUUUCGAUGAGAUUGCAACCAUGGUGACAAGACUUCUUCAAGAGGCAAGCGACUACUUGGCAUCUUUAAAACAAUAUAAAGUGCAUUUGACACAAUUCGAUGGCAUCAACAUAUUGUCACUUGAUCAAAUCAAAGAGCUAUGCACGACAGCAACAGAAAACUUAAAAGAAAAAUAUCAACUAAAAUCAAGAGUUGCGAAUCUAUUGGAGGAACGUAGAAAAAGUCUUUUAAAUUCAUUUACUCAAACGAGUUCUGAACAAACGCAAUUAAGUAUGAGCACGCAAUCAGCACUUGCAUGUGCUGCAACUCGCCUCAAAUGUUUACCAGAAAAAUUAAAUCCGAUUGUCAAACCUCUUAUGGAAUCAAUUAAACGUGAAGAAAAUGAAAUCUUACAAAAAAUGGCAGCUGAUAGCUUAACGUGUUUGAUGAGUCAAACAGUUAAUCGAGAACCAUCGCCAAACAUUAAAAUUAUUACGAAUUUAUCAACAUUGUUGAAGUCUGAUGAAGACUUUACACCCGUCAUAAUGUUUACUGAAUAUGAAAUAAAACAAUUCAAGCCCAAUAACACUGACAACAAUAACAAUCCAUAUUAUGGUAUAAUUACAUUGCAAAAGCAACUUCGAACAAAAGAAAUAUCAAAUGGAAACAUAGCAGGAUCUUCUCGUGGUCCUGGACGUCCACCAGCACUAGAGAUAACUAUUACCGAAGACACACAUGAAUUUGACGAUCAUCCGCUUAAGAAAGUAAACAAAACUCAAAGAAUAGGCGCAAGUUUUGCUAUUGAAAGUAUUUGUCAAUAUUUUGGUGAAUUUCUUUCACAAGCAGUACCGACAUUAUGGCAACUUAUGUUUGACGUUAUCAUGAAAGUUGAUUUAGACUACAUUCACCGAGUAACUCACAAUAAAAUUGUCCAUGAUGAAGCUAACAAUCUUAUAACUUCACUACAAUUGAUCGAAAUUGCUUCUCCACACUUUCAUGAAAAAUUGCAUUUCCAAUUAUUUCAAGCACUUUCAAAAUUUUGCCUUUUGAUACAACAUCCUUUGAAAGCAAUUCGACACAUGGCAUCACGUUGUAUAGCAACUAUAGCAGCAAUUGACAUCAAGCUUGUCAUGACUCAUGUGAUUAAUGAUUUAAUUCCACUGCUGUCACAAAUAGAAAACCCAAUAAAUCGUGAAGGAUCAAUUGAAGUAAUCACUUGUGUUGUAAACAAACUGCAGUUCAAAAUAGUUCCAUAUGUUGUGCUUCUAAUUGUACCAAUAUUAGGCCGUAUGAGUGAUCAAAAUCAUUCCGUACGUUUAAUAUCAACAAGCUGUUUUGCCACAUUAAUACAAUUGAUGCCUUUGGAUGGAAUAUCGACUAAUUCUAAAGAAGAUUUGAGUGAUGAUCUGAGAGAAAGAAAAAUGAAAGAUAAAAAGUUUCUCGAUUAUCUCUUCAGACCAAAAUCUAUUCCUGAUUUUAAAGUUCCCGUCCCAAUCAAUGCUGAGCUACGAAGCUAUCAGCAAUCUGGAGUAAAUUGGCUGUGGUUCUUAAACAAAUACAAGCUUCAUGGAAUUUUAUGUGAUGAUAUGGGAUUAGGAAAAACAUUACAAACCAUUUGUAUUCUUGCUGCUGAUCAUCAUCACCGAACGAUAGAAAAUCAAACAAAACUUCCAAGUCUUGUCAUUUGUCCUCCAACUCUGACUGGUCAUUGGGUGUAUGAAGUAAAGAAAUUCAUUGCAAACCAUUUCUUAUCUCCACUUCAAUAUUUUGGUCUACCAAUUGAAAGAGAACGACUUCGUCAUCAGUUUGGAAAUUACAACUUAAUUGUCGCAUCUUACGACAUUGUUCGAAAAGAUAUUGAUUUUUUUCAAACCAUACAUUGGAAUUAUUGUGUCCUAGAUGAGGGUCACAUUAUAAAAAAUGGUAAAACAAAAUCUUCGAAGGCAAUAAAACUAUUAUCAGCUAAUCAUCGACUUAUCUUGAGUGGGACUCCAAUCCAAAACAAUGUUCUUGAGUUAUGGAGUUUAUUUGACUUUCUUAUGCCGGGAUUCCUAGGAAGUGAGAAACAAUUCCAAAUUAAAUUUAGCAAGCCAAUUCUUGCUAGUCGUGAUCCGAAAAGUUCGCCAAAAGAACAAGAAGCAGGUGCAUUAGCAAUGGAGUCUCUUCAUCGUCAAGUUCUACCAUUUCUUUUAAGACGGGUUAAGGAAGAUGUUCUCACCGACUUGCCACCAAAAAUCACUCAAGACUUGCUAUGUGAAUUGAGUCCAUUACAAGAGAGACUUUAUGAAGAUUUUAGUAAAACUCAUUUGGAUUCGGAUUUAAGAGAAAGUUUGGAAAAUAUUUCAAUAACAUCUGACAGCGUCAACAAAAAAACUCAUGUUUUUCAAGCAUUACGAUACUUGCAAAAUGUUUGUAAUCACCCUAAGCUUGUUCUUAAACCUCAUCAUCCUGAAUAUCAAAAUAUUAUUGGCGAUCUUCAAAAAGGGAAUACGUCAUUAGAUGAUAUAGAGCAUUCAGCAAAGUUACCAGCGCUUAAACAACUUUUACUCGAUUGCGGAAUUGGUACAAAUGACGAUAUAUCAGUGAAUCAACAUAGAGCCUUAGUCUUUUGUCAACUUAAAGCAAUGUUAGAUAUUAUAGAAAACGAUCUUCUCAAGAAACAUCUUCCAAAUGUUUCAUAUUUACGACUCGACGGAAGUAUCGCUGCUAGUAUGAGACAUGAAAUAGUUGCUAAUUUCAAUAAUGAUCCCUCCAUCGAUGUUUUGCUUUUAACAACACAGGUGGGUGGCUUAGGAUUAAACUUGACAGGUGCUGAUACUGUCAUUUUUGUUGAACAUGAUUACAAUCCAAUGAAGGAUCUUCAGGCUAUGGACCGAGCACAUAGAAUUGGCCAAAAGAAAGUCGUUAAUGUUUACCGAUUAAUUACAAGAAAAUCAUUAGAAGAAAAAAUAAUGGGACUGCAGAAGUUCAAAUUAUUAACAGCAAAUACGGUUGUGAGUGUGAGUAAUCAAUCAAUGGACACAAUGGGCACUGAUCAAUUAUUAGAUUUAUUCAAUCUUUCCGAGAAUGAAAAGGAUAGUAAGAAACAUAAUCAAAAUAAAUCAAAAGGAUCAAUAAAAUGCAUGAUUGAAAACUUACCGGAACUAUGGGAUGAUAAUCAAUAUGACGAAGAGUUUGAUAUAACACAAUUUAUUGAACAAAUGAAGAAAUAAUAAUUUGAUACCUGUUUAUCAGUAUCUAAUAAAAAAUAAGUGAAAUCAUUA